UGGGCCCAUGGUCUAAGAUGAAUUGGUGGGCCCCUGGUGAAUUGUUUUUGGGUCCAACACUGGAAUUUAGGCAGGGGGGGCAUCAGGGCAUCUCUGGAUCCUUUGCUACUUCUGAUUUUCCUCGCUCCCUAACCUGGCUGAGAACAAGGGAUGAGAGAGUCAAGAGGGUCACAUUACAUGUCAAUUUGAAACAGACAGGGAAGAAGGGAGGGGGUUGGAUAUCACGGUCAGAUUUUUCUUUUGCAGCUGCAACUUGCGCCCAACCAAAGCCAAUAUAAAUAACUGCAACUACGACCACAACGUGACCCCUAGUAUUAGUGGGCCCUGAGCGAAUGCCUCUUUUUUUAAGCAGUCCUGAGCCAGUCAGUUUGCAUGUCUGAAUUACACCAAUUAAUAAAGACAGAAGUAAUGUUUCUCCCCUGCAUAUUUCCAGCACAUUUUGCACCAGAGCUCUGUACCCAUCUAUGCUGCCUGUUAUUUAAGUGAAGGAAAAUGCAUGUGACUCUAUUUACUUCACGCAAGAAGCCAACACUUACUAACACUCAUGGCCAGGACAAGGGCCGGCACCUCUAUCCAACAUGCCUCCAGUCCCCUGGGCUCCAUGAAACGCCGAGGGUGGGGGAUGUGUCACUUCCUUUUCCAAAUUCCACGGAGAGGGGAACUCUUGGUAUUUCUAUUGCUGACGUUGCACGACACCACACAAAAAUGCAGACCCCUCACUCCCUUCCGUCUCAGCUAGAAAAGGGUUAAACAUGACUGGGGGCGGGGCUACACUGCCAACGAGGCUUCUGCUUAGCGCCGUUCUCUUAAAUUGCGCUCUUCUAUGUAACCCCCUUUUCUUUGCUGGGGGAUGUUGGGAAUUGUAGUUUCACAAGGACCUGUGGCGUCUCUUAGAUUAGCAUAAGUUUUAGUUACGGCUCUGAAUCCGAGCAUGAACCUCUGCCUCCUAGAGGCGGUACCGAGAGGCCAGGGAUGACUCCAAAUCGCAAGGGAUCGCAAGUACAUCCCAGAAGGUGAACUGUGGGUCGCUGUGAUUUCACUGGACUUGGCUCAGAGACCCCGGCUGUAUCAAAGAUGGUCUGGCAGAGCAAGUGGCCUGGAGAUCUAAUGUCACAAUGAGGACUCACACUCGGGGAGCCCCUAGUGUAUUUUUCAUACAUCUGCUUUGUUACAUUGUGGUUUACGGCACAGAAAAGGACAUUAAUACACAAAUACCAUUCCUCAAUGGAAAAUAUGAUGGCUAUCCCAUGCUGUACUUCUCAAAGGGCAACAUGGAAGGACUCCGAGCCCAGGCAGCAAGCAGCCAUCGGCACAUUUCGGCAAGAAUUAAUGAGGCAGUUCAUGUAAUGCUGACCAACCCUAGUGAGUACCUUCCCCCGUGGGAUCCAAAGGAGUUUUCUGCUCGAUGGAAUGAAAUUUAUGGCAACAACCUUGGUGCACUGGCGAUGUUCUGCGUCCUGAAUCCAGAUAACACUGAAGCACUUGGUCUGGCCAGAGAAUAUAUGGAAAGGAUGGCAGCUCAGCCUAGUUGGUUAGUGAAAGAUGCUCCUUGGGAUGAAGUUCCCUUGGCACACUCCCUGGUUGGCUUUGCUACUGCUUAUGACUUUCUAUACAACUCAUUUAGCAAGCAACAGAAGGUGAGGUUUCUAGAGGUAAUCGCCAAUGCCUCAGCAAAUAUGUAUGAAACCUCCUUCAGGAGAGGAUGGGGCUUUCAGUACAUUCACAACCAUCAGCCCACAAAUUGUGUGGCCCUGCUAACUGGAAGUUUGGUGAUGAUGAAUCAAGGUUACCUGCAAGAGGCCUAUUUUUGGACAAAGCAAGUGCUGACAAUCAUGGAGAAGUCUAUGGUUCUAUUAUAUGACGUGACAGAUGGCUCUCUCUAUGAGGGAGUGGCUUAUGGUAGCUACACCACCAGAUCCCUCUUUCAGUACAUGUUCCUUGUUCAGAGGCAUUUCAACAUUAAUCACUUCAGCCAUCCUUGGCUAAAAGAGCACUUUGCAUUUAUGUACAGAACCAUACUACCAGGCUUUCAAAGAACUGUGGCCAUAGCAGAUUCCAAUUAUAAUUGGUUUUAUGGACCCGAGAGCCAGUUGGUGUUUUUAGACCAAUAUGUCUUGAGAAAUGGAAGUGGUAAUUGGCUGGCUGAACAAAUUCACACAAACAGAGUGCAAGAAGGUCCAGGAACACCAGCUAAAGGGCAGCGCUGGUGCACCCUUCAUACUGAGUUUCUUUGGUAUGAUGCAACUUUACAGUCUACACCUCCACCAGAUUUUGGCACACCUCAACUGCACUUCUUUGAAGACUGGGGAGUAGUGACUUAUGGAAGUUCCCUACCAGCGGAAAUUAACAAGUCUUUUCUGUCCUUUAAAUCAGGAAAACUUGGAGGCCGUGCCAUAUUUGACAUUGUUCACGAAAACAAGUACAAAGACUGGAUUAAAGGAUGGAGAAAUUUUAAUGCUGGACAUGAGCAUCCUGAUCAAAACUCUUUUACAUUUGCUCCUAACGGAUUUCCUUUUAUAACUGAAGCUUUAUAUGGACCGAAGUAUACUUUUCUAAAUAAUGCUUUAAUGUUUUCACCUUCUGUAUCUGAAAGCUGCUUUGCUCCUUGGCAAGGUCAGGUUACAGAAGACUGUAGUUCUAAAUGGCUAAAAUACAAGCAAGGGGAAGCUGCAGACUGUCAAGGAAGGGUGGUUGCUGCUGGGGAGAAAUCUGGGGUUGUUUUUAUCAGGGGUGAAGGGGUUGGAGCCUACAGUCCAAACUUGAAAUUGAAAAGUGUUCAAAGAAAUCUUAUCCUGCUACAUCCACAGUUGUUACUCCUUGUAGACCAUAUUCAUUUAGACCGUGGCAGCACUCUGGAAGCAACUUCCAGCUAUUUCCACAAUGUGGAUAUGCCUUUUGAGGCAACCUCAAUUGACAGUGUUCAUGGAGCAGUAAUUAGGCACAAAGAUGGAAUGUAUAAGAUGUACUGGAUGGAUGACACUGGUCGGAGUGAGAAAGCAGUCAUUACUUCAAUUUCUUAUCCACGCGGUUAUCCAUACAAUGGAACUAAUUAUGUGAAUGUCACAACUUACCUCAGGAAACCUAUCACUAGAGCCAUAUAUGUUUUUAUAGGACCUUCUGUGGAUGUUGAGAGCUUCAGUGUCCAUGGAGACUAUCAGCAAGUUGAUGUGUAUCUUGCGACCAGUGAACAUGCAUAUGCUGCUUACAUUUUCACAGGAGAAACACCAAGUCAGUCCAUUUAUGCUAAAGUAGUUGCAGAUAGACAGAAAUUUGUCUUUGACGAGACCUCUUCCAUCAGGAGCUCUUCUCCAGAAGAAGUCAAAGAUUAUUCUGCAAUUCUCGAGCAGAAUCUCCAGCACUUUAAGCCAGUAUUUCAGGAAAAGGAAAAACAAAUUCUAUCCCAUGUCAAAAAUACCGCCAGCUUUAGAAAGACGGCUGAACGUCUGCUUAGGUUUACAGAUAAAAGGAAUACAGAGGAGGCUGUUGAAAAAAUAUUUUCAGUAUCUCAGCAGCAGAAGGAGCAAGGCAAAACAAAAAAAAACAGGAAGGCCACAAAAAAUAACAAAUUUAAAAAUGCUGUACCAGAUCUAUUUGCUCAAAUAGAAGUUAAUGAGAAGCAAACACGCCAAAAAGCUAUGGCUCUGGCACAAAGUGAACUUCCAGUUAAUGAAGAAGAACAAAUGAAAGACCUUUUGGACUUUGUAGAUGAACCUCAAGUCAAGCACAAACCGGUUUCUGUUAGUAAGCAUGCAUCCCCUCAUAUGUUUACAACUUUCCACAGUGGGACUUCAUCUAUUUCGGCCUCUUACACCAGCUUAUUUUUAAUUCUUAACAUUUCCAUCUUCAUAGUUCUGUUAGUACUACAGUUAUCUCGGUUCCUCAAGCCAAAGAGUUUACAACAGAAAAGAUGGCUGUAUGCUAUACUUGCAUUGGAUUUUUGCAUACUGAUGUGGCUGUAUUUGUCAUGCUAUCAGUCUCAGUGUUAGAUGGCAGGCAUGUCAAACCUAUGGCUCUUUAACUGGCAAGUAGUGAUGAGCGAAUCAUUUUACCAUGCAUAGAUUUGCAGCGAAAUUCUGUAUUUUUCACGAAAAAUUUGCUGCAUAGAAAUUCGACAUGACAAAAAUGUCAGUGAGACAAAAACUUGAAAAAUUGACUUUAAUGCAUUUUGCCAAAACAGAAAAUCGGCACAAUAAAAAACACCAGUUGCCUUUAAUGCAUUUGUAGUGAGAAAAAAAAUUGCUCACAUAAAAAAUUGUUGCGCAUAAAAAGUUUUUGUCACCUAUUGACUGCAAUGCAUUUUGCUAAUGUUUUUUCAGUUUCGCUCAUUUUUCGGUGAAGUGAAACAGGACAGAUUCGCUCAUCACUACUGUUAAGCUAUAGCUUCCAGCAAAAGUGACUGGUCAAUACUUGAAAUGGAUGCUUAACAAAGCAGUAGGGCUACAGGUUUGUCCUCCUUUACAUCAGUGCUGAAACCCACAUUGACAACGUGUGGAGAGCAUUAGUAAUAUCCAAAUUCAUCUACAGUUACAGAAAUUCGAAAAUUAUUUUUUUCAUGUUUAUAUUUUUAUAAAGAAAAAAGAUUUGAAAAAGAAAAGUGAAUAAGUUUGUAACUGUCCCUUCACCUCCUGUCAUUUAUAAAAUCUAUUUAUCAUAUUAAAGUUUAAUUUAAAUCCGAACAGAGCCCUAGUAUGAUGUUAAGCUGUUCCCACAGUCUUUUCUUGUUUUUUAAUCAUAAUGAACAACACAUGACUAAACAGGUAUAAAUUGUUAAUGUGAUACGCCCAUGUUUUAAUAUGUUAGCAAUGCUUUAAUAUCACUUUAAAAUGCACAUAUGGGAUCAGUUAUACAAAAACCCGUUAUCCAGAAAGAUCCAAAUCACAGGAAGGCCAUCUUCCAUAGAUUCCAUUUUAAUAAAAUAAUUCACAUUUUAAAAACAUUCUUUUUUCUCUGUAAUAAUAAAACAGUACCUUGUACUUGACCCCAACCAAGAUCUUAUUAAUCCUUAUUGGAGGCAGAACAAUACUUAUUGGGUUUAAUUCAUGUUUCAGACUUAAGAUAUGGAGUUCAAAAUUAUAGAAAGAACCCUUAUGCAGGACACCCCAGUUCUUGAGCAUUAUGUAUAACAGGUCUCAUAUCUGUAAUUGAAUGUGUUAAAACUCAAACCUUGCUACUACUGCCCCAGUUUUCUUACCUGUGUUGACCUACAGCACCUUUUUAGCCAUAGCUGUUAUAACAGUGAAGUCAGGUCUGGUAAGUUGGGUCGUUGCCAGACCCCUAUAGCAGACGUCACUAUUACAGCAGUCAGUGCUGAACUGUUGUAUACAAGGAAGAAGGGGCUGGAGGAAGUGGUUUAAGUUACAUUAGUGGCAGUUUUUUUAAUUGGUAUUGAGAAGAUACCAAUUAAAAGGUAAUAAACCCCUGUCACAUGUUACAUACAUUGAAGUAAUGGAUGUUGUUAGUUAACCUUACCUUGCUUGAAGGUAGAUGUUUAAUUACAACCUUCAUUACUAACACGAUUGUUUGCAUUGCUGUAGUUAAUACAACCUGGUCAUGUGCAGUUCUGGUACUAUGGCAUGUGUCUGGCAUAAUGGAUUUCUAAUGUAAAGCUUAACUACAGUGCAUACAUUUUUUUUUUUGAGUUAACUGAAAUACGUCAAGUAACUUAAUAAAUUACAUAUUUUCAUGAAACGGUAUCAACAGAUUCAGGACAUCAGUGACUUCAAAGGGCUCACCAGGUUGCCUGAACCAACUUACGGCCAUUCAGCUUCUUUUGCAUUGAAGCUACAUACUUUACAUUAAGUGCCUCAAGUUUAUUGAGAGAUGAUUACGUUUCUUUUUAUCUAAUGGUGGUGUUAUCUGAGACAGGGAACUUACCUCUUUGCAUGUUAAAGGAGAAGGAAAGGUUAACUUACUGGGUGUACCCCCAGUGAUUACAAACAUUUAUCCGAUACCCUGAACCAAUUCUACAGUUAGAAACUGCACUGUCCCUGGGUAGUUCAGAGCAACCACCAUGAAGCAUUUCUCAACUUCAAAUCCUUGGCACAGGUUGAUGCAUGGACUGUAGAGUAAAAAAGUCUGCUUUUAGCAUAAAAGUCCUGCAUUUUACUCUGUUGCACAUGCGCACACCCAUGUAGAAGGAAGAUGACAGUUGCACCGUGGUGCUUGCUCAGAAGUUUGCUGCGAACAGGAGAAUGGGGGUAUCAGGUAAGUCAUUAUAAUCACUGGGGAGUGCCUAACAUUUGGAAAUCUUUCCUUCUCCUUUAAGCUGUAUUGUAGAUUUGUUUGUGUUCCACAGCACAGUUACAAGUUGUGUCUUAGUUGAUUUUGUUGAACCUUGUGUGUCUGGGACCAAGGCUGUGAAUAUUAAUGUUGAACAAAGAAAAAUGAACUUAAUGCAACACAGUUAGUGCUAGGACCUCGAUUUGAUUCCAGCCAGGGCACUAUAUGCAAGGUGUUUGUGAGUUGACUCUGGGUACUUGUUUCUACUCUCAAAAAAUAUACAGGCUCCUGACCCUGGUAUGUGUAUAUAACAGGGACUUUGAUUGUAAGCUCCACUGGGGCACCGAUUAUGUAAGUGUAACAUGCUGCAGAAUAUGCUAGCUCUAUUUAAAAAUAGAAUAAUAAUUAACUCCUACAUUGCUGUGUAGUGCAACAUAUGCAAAAAACAUCUUUAGGCGAUUAUGUGUAUAUGCCCAUACAAUCAUUAAUGCAUUGUAAGAACGAUUUUAAAAUGUGUCUUUUUUUAACUUUCAAUCUGUCCCUUAUUUUUACAAACCUCAAUCAAUUGUACCCUGUUAGGAUUUAAGAAGUUGUUUUUUUUCCAAUGAAUCUGUUUGAAGGGGUCCUCUACACCCAAACUUUUUUGCAGAAUAAAAGAAAAUGUAAUUGUAAGCAACUUACGAUUUAACAUUAAACAAUGGUUUUAAAAUUAUUGGUAAUUGUGAUUAAAAUUUUCUCUUGAGACAAUGUAGCAGAAGCCAGCUGGAAGAGAGUUGACACCUGUUACAUUGUAUCAAAAGCCAGCCCCAGAAAACAGAAAAGAAAAAACAAACACUGCUUUCCACUGCAACUAUUUACACAUAUAUAACUUAAUAACUUAAACCGCUAAACAAUUAGAAUGAAUGUAUAUUGGGAAGUUGCUUAGAACUUUAUUUUCUUUCAGUGUGCAUUAAAUUGUUUUUUGGAUAAAAAAA